UUAAAAAGAAAAAGGUAUGUUACCAAAGAAUUCACUUAAAUUUAGUAUACUAAAAUGACUUAUUAGGCGGAAUUAGUAGAAUUUCCUAAAAUUAGAGAAAUAACUCGAGAGGUACAAAUAUAGUAAACUAAAUCCAAAUCAGAAUUGAAUUGAAUUGAAUUUAAUUUGGUCCAACCCUUAUUUCGUAAUUAGAAAAUGAGUGACUGUAAUUAAUUAGCUAUUUUUACAUAAGUCCGAAAUAGUCUAUGUUGCUAAAAAUAAAAUAAAAUAAAAAACACAAACAUAGAAAAAAAAACCUAUCUAUAAAUUGAUUUAUGACCCAUUUUCAAUAAUCUCAAAACAGAAUAAUAAUACAAUGGCACAAUUUCGUUUCUUGGUGGGAGUUGUACUGCUUCUAGCAGCGUUGAUUUUGGAUGAAAGUAGAACAUGCACAGCCCAAGUUCCAAACACAGCGGCAGCGGCAGUGAAAUGUUCUCGGAAACACAGCGCAGUUUUGACGGAGUUCGGUGGCGUGGGCGACGGAGUUACUUCCAACACUAAGGCCUUCAAAGCCGCUAUUGAUCAUCUUAGCACCACCGCAUCGGACGGUGGAGCACAGCUCAUUGUUCCACCUGGUAAAUGGUUGACCGGCACCUUUAAUCUCAUCAGCCAUUUCACUCUUUUCCUCCAUAAAGACGCCGUUAUUCUUGGCUCUCAGCAAGCGUCAGAUUAUCCAAUUUUAGAGCCAUUGCCUUCUUAUGGAGUAGACAAAAAUUUCUCAGCAGGAAGGUACAGCAGUCUAAUUAUGGGAACAAAUCUCACUGAUGUUGUAAUUACAGGGAACAACGGCACCAUAGACGGACAAGGUGCAGGUUGGUGGACCAAGUACCGUGCUGGUGAAUUAAAGGCAGUGAGGCCAUUAAUGAUCGAGAUUUUGUUCUCCACUGAUAUCCAAAUCUUCAAUCUCACUUUGCUUAAUUCUCCUUCUUGGUUCGUCCAUCCUGUAUACUCAAGCAAUAUAAUAAUCCAAGGACUCACAAUUCUUGCUCCAGUUGACACUCCUAACACAGAUGGAAUCGACCCUGAUUCAUGUAACAACACUCGAAUUGAGGACAACUUCAUAGUCUCCGGUGAUGAUUGCAUCGCCAUAAAGAGCGGUUUUGAUCAAUACGGAAUUAAGAUGGGAAUACCAAGCGAACACAUCAUAAUCCGACGGUUGACAUGCAUUUCUCCAGAUAGCGCCACCAUCGCUCUGGGCAGUGAAUUGUCAGGUGGAAUCAAAGACGUUAGAGCCGAAGACGUCACAUCUCUCCACACUCAAGCUGCCAUAAGGGUCAAAACGGCGGCGGGUCGUGGUGGCUUUGUCCAGGACAUCUUCACUCGAAGAUUUGUUCUUAAGACCAUAAGAUAUGUGUUCCGGGUGAAUGGAAUGUACAAGUCCCAUGCCGAGGGUUUCGACCCCAAUGCCAUGACGAAACUUGGGUCCAUCAACUGCCGUGAUAUGGUGGCCGAAAAUGUCACUACCGCCGCCCAGAUUGAAACACUACCAGAAAACAAUUUCAAGGGUAUUUGCAUGUCCAACACCACCAUGACAUUGUUCCCACUCCUCAACAUCACCUACAAUGUUGUGAGUGGACUCAAGUCAAACAAUAUUGAUUGUCCAUACCCUGAAGAUAAGUUGCCCAUUGAAGAUGUUCCCUUGAAGACAUGUUCUUUGUGA